AUGAUUCACCUGCGAAUGUUAACUCUAGCGCAUGUCAAUUAUCACGAAUUGCGAUGCUUACUGACUCUGAAAGAUUUCUUUUUCAUCAUUCAACAACUGAAAACCUUCAAAAUCCAAUCAACAAGUUUCAACGGACUCGAUCGCGACCGAUUGGUUGUUUUACAAAAAAUAUUUACUCAAAUGCCAAAGUUACGUGUGUGUCAAGUGCCAUUAAUUGAUGUCAACGAUUUUGACGAUCUCAAGCCGUCGGCUUGCUUGGAAGAAUUCAGUCUGGAUUACGGUACAAUGGCUUGUUUAGAUCGAUUAUUAAAUUAUAUUCCCAAUGUUCAAUCGUUAACUGUACGAGUUUACACUGAUCUACAGCAUUUCUCCAAGCAAAUUACAACAAAAUCUUCUUCUGUCAUCAAUUCAUCAUUGAAGUAUUUACAAAUUUCGACGAUUAACAAUAUCCCAUUUAGCCAAAUUGAAGAUUUCUUUCAAAGUCGAUUUCCGCGUCUUAACACAUUAAAAUUCUUUUUCAAAACAGAUGCAUCGAGUCAAUCCUGUCUUGAUUACAUCGACGAUCAACGUUGGCAAUCUCUAUUACAAUCAUUCAUCUCCUUACAACACUUUCACUGUUGUAUCGAAUUACCCAUUCCCUUCGACAUCACGCUGAAUCUAUUCGAAACAAAUGAAUACUUUCGUCAGAAGAACUGGACGUUUACUUCGGAGAUCUACACCUAUUCAUUCAAUCGCAUUCUGCGAUUUCAUACGAAUCCAUAUCUGAAACAACGUCUUGAUAUCAUUCCCUCGAAAGCGUUUGCCGUUAAUAAUAAUAUUUAUUCCUGUGUACGUGAUCUUCGAAUAUUGAUCGAUACGAUUCCAAACGAUCUACCAAAAAAUGGUUCCGCUUUACUCUAUCCAAAUGUCAUGUCAUUAACACUCAUAUCGAAUAAAUCAUUUCAUGAACAAUCAUUCCUUCUUUAUCUUUAUUCAAUAAUUGAUUACAAACAUCUUCGAUACUUAACAGUUCAAUUAGAUAAUUGCUCGCGAUUCUUUCUGCUUAGUCUUAUUGAAAAAUACUCUCAAAUUUCGUCGUUCACGCUGUCAACGUAUCACAGUUGGUCGAAAUUGAUCUCACUUUCAUCACAAUUAUCGAAAAGACAUAUCUGUUCAUUAACGGUCUAUGAAAUCUUUCGUGAUUUCACUCCGUAUCAUUCUAUCCAUCAAUUGUUCCAUCGACUACAGAUUCUCUCUAUUUGUUUAUCAUCAAUCGACGAUUGUUAUCGAUUCUUGACAUUAUUAUUCAUUGGUAGUCAACAGACAACAGUCGAACAAUUACGAUCACUCACAAUCAAAUGUGAUUUCGAUGAGCCCGAUAUGAUUGCAAAUUGGAUUCGAUCGAAUAUACUUAGAAAAUUAUCUUACAAGUGCACAACAAGUGUUUUGUUGAUUUGGCUCUGA